AUGCGCUUCCUGGGAAGACUUCCGGCGCAGGGCCUCCUCCUGCGGGUGGGCGGCUGGGAGAAGAUAGUGCACGUCCCGCUGCGUUGCCACAGUGCGCGCUGCAGCCGCAAGUACCGCACUGUUUGGUACAACUACAUCCAGAUUGGGACGUCGCGGCGCUGGCACUGCCAGGAUGAUGCCCCGUUGUACUUCUUUGUAAACUCGACCAUGGGGUUUUCCUUUGAAUGGCUCCGGCAAUUUCAUUGCCGCCUGGCAUACCAGCACGUCAGCUUCAUGUCCGAGGCCCAAGUUCACCUCCGGACCGCCAGAAUGCGCGGGGUUGCUCACCUCGUCCCGACCCGGUCGGAUGACUACAUGGCCAAAGUUUGGAUUCUGUGGCGGAUUCUGGUGCGCGCCCAUGCCCGCGCAGUUCAAUCGGGCGUCAGUCCAGCGGAGUCAGUCGGAUCGAUUGAUCUCGCACUGCCUGCGCCUGAUAUGUUGCGCGGGAUCGCACCGUGGUACCACCGCGCAAUGGAGGCCCAAAGGGCGAGGCAAUUUCACGCUGGUGAGAAGGACGCCACACUAUUAGUCAUGGAUGGGAACCAGAAGCUCCGACGUCGCGUCUGCGGCUAUCCGUAUUGCGAGCAUGUCCAUUCGAAGUCGUUGGGUCUUGGAAUGUGGCGCUGCUGUUCUGAAACCCCGGCGCAGCAACCAGGGAAGAGAAAGCGAUCGGGUACGCAUGGUGGCGACGCCGUUGAGGGCGGUGAACCGCCCGCCCACGGCACCGACGUCAUUGAGGACGGUGAACCGCUGCUGAAGGUGCGCCGGCAGGUUGCCCGUUGCCCCGCUCAUGCCCCAGCAUCUGCCCCAGCUGGCCCGCGCGCGAGCUCCUACGACAUUAUCUCGCAUCGGCAGAAGACCGCCCUGACCGACUCGGCCCGGCCAGUCUUCGAGUUGCAGGUGCGCUACAAGGCAUUCCGCAUGCGGCAGAAGCACACAGCUGUGCACCGGCAGCCGUGCGCGUGGCUGCCGGCGGACCACCUGAACGCUGCCGCCGUGCACGCCUACUUGUCCACGAUUGCUGUCGGCGGAAACCUAUCCCAACAUAGUGAUGCCCAAGCGUUAGGUCAGAGCAUUUGCAAAACCCACAAAGAGGACGCCAAGACGAAGCGGAUGACCGCGAGGAGUGGCGGUUGGCUCUUUGCGAUUUCUGCGUCUGGGUGCAUUUUGCACUUGGACGAAUUCAUGGGCGCAGAAAGCAUCACCCAACGCUACAUGUUCGUGGCGCGCUGCUGCGAGAUACUCCCCGGCCUCGAAGUCAUGGUUCAUGACGACGCGUGCCACCUUUGCCGGUUCGCGCUCCUCAGAGAUGGCCAAAGCGACAUGGCAACGAAGAUCGCCAAGCUGCGCUACAUCACCGACCCAUUCCACUCCAAGGGGCACGUCUGGAAGUGGUGCUUAGAGAACUGUGCGCCGACUUUGCCUGGCAACGCCGCGCGGUUGGCCGGCGUCAAUGCCAAC